AUGGGUUUUGUGAAAGUUAUUAAAAAUAAAGCUUAUUUCAAGCGAUUUCAAGUGAAGCUUAAACGUCGACGUGAAGGUAAAACCGAUUAUCAUGCACGUAAGCGUUUAACGGUACAGGAUAAAAAUAAGUACAAUACGCCAAAAUAUCGUCUUAUCGUACGAUUCACAAACAAGGAUAUUGUUACUCAGAUUGCUUAUUCGAGAAUACAAGGUGACAUCGUAGUGUGUGCUGCGUAUUCUCAUGAAUUGCCAAAGUAUGGAAUAAAGGUUGGUUUAACUAAUUAUGCUGCUGCAUAUGCCACCGGGCUUUUACUUGCUCGACGCCAUUUGGCUAAGAUUGGCUUAGCAGAAACGUACAAAGGUGCUGAAGAGGUGAGCGGUGAAGAUUAUAAUGUUGAAAAAGAAGGAAAGAGGGCUCCAUUCAAGGCUGUAUUGGAUGUCGGACUGGCUCGUACCACGACCGGAGCUAAAAUAUUUGCAUCUAUGAAAGGUGUAGCCGAUGGUGGUAUAGAUGUCCCUCACAGGUUUUCUUAUAUUUACUUUUUUUUUUCAGAAGGAAAGCAGAAUUUGAUUUUGAUUAUUACAUCAUAA